GUGGUGCAAGACCAUGAGGCAGAAAAUACAGAUACUCAGUCAACAAGGACGUCCAGCAAUAUGUCAGAAACACAGGCAGCAACAAUUAUUCAAACUUAUUUUCGUGCUUAUAAUAUUCGACAAAAUAAGUGGAAGAAUCGUUACUUGAAGACAUCGUUAAACUAUCAUGAUCACUUGAGUGCGAGACGUGAUUUACAUUCACCGAGGGGAAGUUUCUCAUUCUGCUGGCCAGAGGAGAAUAUAUUGGCAAUUACAAACUAUGAUAGUGAGGAGAGCGUGGACAAUUAA